GUUUAAUCCCACUGAAUUCCACAAGGACGAGACGAUUGUCACCUUUCUCAACCACCCAAUCACCACUCUACCAGCCAUCUACCCCCGCACUACAGCAACCAUGCAGUCCCAUCUCCCUGAAGGAGGCAAGACUCUCGUCUACUUCACCAUCGACAACCACGAUGUCAAACUAGACUACUACCUCCCGCCCGUCACGAGCGGAAACCUCCCCGCCAUCAUCUACUACCACGGAGGCGGAAUGACCGCCGGCUCGCGACGCGGCCGAGGUUUCCCACACUGGCUCUACAACCACUGCCAACAAAAAUCCUACAUCUUCAUCUCCGCCGACUACCGCCUCUGCCACCCCACCACGGCCCUGGACCAAAUCGAAGACGCCAAAGCCAUCUUCACCUUCCUAGCCGGACCCUUCCAAUCCGCCCUCCCAGACUCCAUCACCCUCGACACCACCCGCAUCGCUGUGACGGGCUUCUCGGCAGGUGGAUUCUCUGCCCGCGCCGCCUGCGUCUACGCCGACCCUAAACCCGCUGCCUUGUUGACCGGGUACGGCAGCUGUGGCGAUUGGCUUCUCGAUCACUGGACGACGGCGCGGCCACCGACUUCCAUCGCGAACCUGGUGGAUUUGGAUGCCGUGCCGCAGUUACUGGCUGAUAAGACGGUCGUGAGCGAUGAUAUGCCCGAGGAUGGCGGGGUGAUGUCGAAUCGGUUUGCGUUGACGGUGCGGUGGGAGUUGGAUGGGACGUUUCUGGAUGGGUGUUUGGGUAGGCCUGGGUUGGGCGCGGAGUUAAAUCAAGUACGGUAUGAGGAACGGGCGGCGAAGAUUCCAGAGGAAUUGAAGCCUGCGUUUUUGCAGUUGUUCGUGGAUGAAACGUAUCCGCCGUCGGUGUUUGUGCAUGGUACCGCGGAUGAGGUGGUGCCGGAUCAGGAGAGUAUUACGCAUUAUGAGCGGUUGAAGGAGCUGGGGGUCAAGUCGGAGUUGUUGUUGGUGGAGGAUGGGGGGCAUGGGUUGGUGGAUUUUAGUGCUGGGUUUCCGCCUAAGCCGGCGAAGGGGUCCGUGGAGGCGUAUGCGCGGGGAUUGGAGUUUAUUGAUGAGGUUUUUGGGACGGCUUAGUUUAGUGGAUAGUGGUAUUUGUAUGGGCUGAUUUGUAGCCUUCAAAGGCUUGCAGUCUCCGAGGCUGACUUGACGACUGAGCUGGGUUGUCAUUUAUAGAAACUUGGAAUUGUAUGAUAAUAUAACCGAGAGAAGGGCCACAGAAAUCAUAAACAUGGUGAGUGACUGAUAUAUCUGAGGUCUACGGAUAUUAAAUCCGACCCUCUGAACCUGACCCUGCAAACAACAUACAUAGUAC